AUGACUAUUAUCAGUAAUUUCUUUAUUUUAAAAAAUUUUAUAUUAACAAUAUUUGCAGAAAACAUUACUACCUUAGUUAAUCCAGGAUUGGUCCAAGACACCUCUUCUUUGAUUUCUAGCGGUGAGUCUGACUUUGGUAUUGAAGGAGCAGGAAUGUUCUCCGCUGACGCGUCACCAACUGGAGCCAAUCGUUUCCCAAGUGAUUUGGAUUGCUUCUAUAGCCGUGAAUGGAGAAGCUGGGUAUGCAGAAAGAGAAGACAUUAA